AUGACUCCUUUGUGCGUGCAGUUCUAUUUUAGUGGCUUAAUCUUCUGGAUGAUACAGAAAUCAAGUUUCUUCAUGCUGCCCAAUACUACUGACCUUCUUUAUCCCUCCAGCAGCUCUGACACCAGAAACAUUUAUAUCCAUGGAGUAUCAAAGAUUCGCAGGAAGCGUUAUAUUUUUUCCAGGGAAAUGAGUGCCCUUUUGGGCUAUCAUAAUCAAGUGCGGGCACAAGUUUCUCCUCCAGCUGCCAACAUGGAGUAUAUGAUAUGGGAUGAGAGGCUAGCCAGAUCUGCAGAAGCAUGGGCAAAACGCUGCCUAUGGGAACAUGGACCUCCACAACUGAUGACACUGAUUGGGCAAAACCUUGCCAUACACUCUGGCAGGUACUAUUCAGUGAUGGACCUAGUAAAAUCUUGGUAUUAUGAGAAGCAACACUACACAUUUCCUUAUCCCCAUGAAUGCAAGCCUAGAUGUCCUUCCAAAUGUAAUGGUUCUGUUUGCAGCCAUUAUACUCAGAUGGUGUGGGCUUCCAGCAACAGAAUUGGCUGUGCUAUCCACACUUGUACCAACAUAAAUGUGUGGGGAAACACAUGGCGGCAAGCGGUCUACUUAGUGUGCAAUUAUGCCAUCAAGGGCAAUUGGAUAGGAGAAGCACCUUACAAAAUGGGGAAACCUUGUUCAGCCUGCCCACCUAGUUAUGGAGGCACCUGCAGCAACAACAUGUGUUAUUUGGGAUUCAAAUCCAACAGAAUCGGUUGGUUCUGAACAUAGCAUGUGCACUUUGACAACAUAUUUCACUAUGUUGAAAUUCUGGAAGGAAUACUCUCUGAAGGAGAUGACAGAAGAUUGGGCCAAAUAUAAAACAGAUGUCUAAUUUUAAUUUAAAAAUUAUUUACUUAUAAAUGUACCUUCAUUCUUAUAAAUUAUCUAGCCAUCCACCCUUCUCCAAUCUUCCAUACCAUAAUACAGCUCCAAAUAUAUUUUGACAUCCAUACACAUGAUCAAGAGCCAGCAUUUCUCAUAAUUUUAAGUAGGGAAUAAAUUCUUAGAUUUUGUUUAUUCUACAUUCUUAAUCUGAUUUCUUUAUUUGUUGUAGUAUUAU